GUGCCGGUUGCUAGGAGACGCGUUGUGUCCAUGUUGCCGAGGCAGAGGCACAGGGAAGAAGAUAUCCAGAAGAGAGGAGAGGAGAAGAGAGGCUGUUUAGGGUGGCGGACAGUAGAGAUUUAACAUAAAUAUAUUGGGAAGUUACUGUUGAAAUGGUGAAGUUGAGGGCGAGAUGCCUGCUUGUCGGAGAUGCUGCAGUGGGGAAAAGUGCCCUCUCUCAGAUGUUCCACAGCGAUGGCACUCUCUUUCAGAAGAACUACAGCAUGACGACGGGAGUGGAGCUGCAGAUGAAAUGCGUCAGAAUCCCAGACACUAAUGACAGCGUGGAGCUAUACAUCAUAGACUCUGCAGGGAGGGAGACAUUUGUGGAAGCCUGCGAGAAGAUGUGGGGCCGGCCGUCACUGGUGUGUCUGGUCUUUGACCUGACCAGUGAGCAGUCCUUCACCAGCUGCAGCCACUGGAUGGAGCGAGUGCGCGCCCACAGCGAGGGUCUCCACGUCCCAGGUGUCCUGGUGGGCAACAAAUCAGACCUGUCUGCGAGGAGGGAGGUGCAGGCAUCUGUUGCACAGGAGUGGGCCCAGAGCCAGGGGUUGGAGUACUUUGAGACGUCCGCUAAGGAGAUGGAGAACUGUGACGCGCCGCUCCUCAGUUUAGCCCGGGCCUUCCACUCUCUCUACCACGAGCGCCUGGAGGCCAUCCAGAACCUGCAAAGUCCAGGCUAGACGAGCCCUCCCGCCCCCUCCCACACACACACACACAUAUACACACCCCCAGCCUGCUCCAAAAAACAUGUAUGCACCGAUUUCACUAUUCUGUUUUCUUAAUGCUUAUCUCACCUUGAAAUAUCACCACCAGGAGAUCAGAUGGUGGAUAUUCAUUCAGGGUCAUGACUGAUGAUCCUUUUGUGCUUACCUCAAAGAAACACAAUUUCCUCUUGUAAAUAGCCCUCAUGCCGUCCGGAGAAUGGCUUCUCAUGUGUGACAUUUUGGUGUACGCGUAAAUAAAGCUGUUUUUUUUUUCUAUGACAAUCA